AAGACCAGAAACUAAAUAUUAAAUAAAACAAAUCGAAAUGAGUUCAGUAUCAACUCAACCCUAAGACAGUGAACAUUUCAAAAUGACAGAAAACAUUGUAAAAUCUCGUGCUAUAACAACUGAAGCUUCUAAAGCACGUUUGCCUUAUCCCAUGAAACAAUAUGCCACCGAGGGCAAAAAUAUUCCCUUAAAGAAAAAUUGGUCUGAGACCUGGUGUACGUUGCCGGAACAUUUUGAUAACAUUUUUGAGGAAAUUUUAAAUUUUGAAUUGCGUAAAGACGAUGUUUUUAUAGUGACUUUUAUGAAGUGUGGCACUACUUGGAUGCAGGAAUGUGCCUGGUUGUUGUUGAAUAAUUUGGAUUUCGAAAAGUCCAAAGAGGCAGCUGUUAUGAUCAGGAGUCCAUUUAUAGACUUCCAUGGCAUUGUACCUGGCACCCCUAGUCCCAUAGAAAUGUGCAAACAAUUGUCUAGUCCCCGUUUGAUUAAAACUCACAUGCCUGCCAAUCUAGUGCCCCUACAAAUAUGGGAGAGAAAGCAAAAGAUGAUUUAUGUAGCCCGCAAUGUUAAGGAUGUCAUUGUCUCCUCUUUCCACUUCGUCAAGAACUUGGAUAUGUGGCGUGGUGAUAAUUUCCAUGAUUAUGUUGAUGAUUUCCUUAACAAUGAAAUCAUUUAUACCCAUUUCUGGGCUCAUAUUGUGGACUUUUGGAAAAUGCGCAAUGAACCCUUCAUAUUCUUUGUAACCUAUGAAGAAAUGAAACGUGAUUUGGCGGGAGUUUUGAAAAGAUUAUGCAUUUUCUUGGAAAGACCUCAAUUGUCAGCGGAAGAAUUGGAAAAAACUAUUAAACAUUUAUCAUUUGGCAAUAUGAAAGAAAACAAACAAACCAAUUUAACCUAUUUACUUAAAGAUAAUAUGCCUGGUGUUAAACAAGAUUUCCAAUUCAUGAGACGUGGUAUUGUUGGCUCUUUCAAGGACGAACUAACCCCUGAAUUGCAGGCUAAAAUUGAUAAAUGGACUGCCGAGUUUUUGGGCAAACAUGGCCUAACGGAAGAAGAUAUUUUUGGCCAGCUUUAAAGUGUCAUUGUGGUAUUGAAAUCCGCCAAUGUGUUCCUGUGUUUAAGUUACUAGCAGUGAAUUAAAUAA